AUGGCGGACCAGGCAGCCGUGGCGGGUUUGACAGCGCAGUGGGCGGACAUGGUGUUGGCGGAGGAGGAGGGGGGUUUUGUACCGCAGUUGGCAGAUGGGCAGAACGGGGAAGCAGUGGGGGAGGACGAGCCCUUAUGGGGGGUGGUAGGCCGUUUCCUCACAAGGAAGCUGGUGAAACUUGAGUUCAUGAGUCAGGUUAUGGCGUCUGUAUGGCAGCCAGUCAGUGGGGUUCAGGCAUCUGAGAUACAACCGGGCGUGUUUCUAUUCGUUUUUCAUCACAUAACGGAUGUUAAACGCGUUCUUGAGGAGGGGCCGUGGUCAUAUGAUAAUAGCACAUUCGUCUGCAAGCAAGUCCCUGAGAAUGUUUUGCCGGUUAAUGUUAAGUUGGAUACGGUGGACAUGUGGGUGCAAAUCCAUGAGUUACCAAUGGGCUACACAUCUGAGUUGAUACAGGAACAGAUUGGGAAUUAUUUAGGGGUGUUUGUUAAAAGAGAUGAUCGUUUUCAGAAUAUGCCCUGGAGAACCUUUUAUCGAGUUAGGGUUUCACUAUCGGUUGAUAGGCCAUUGAAACGCCGAAUGAAGUUUAUUAAGCGGGACAAAACGAGUUGUUGGGUGUACUUUAAGUAUGAGCGGUUGCACACGUAUUGUUACUUCUGCGAAAUGCUUGGCCACUCUUACAAAUUUUGUAGGGGUGCAAGGGAUUCAGUGAUGCCGGUUGAAGAGUACUUGUAUGGCCCGGACUUGCGGGCGCGUGGAAGUCGGGGACCGAGACCGGUCGGGGGCAGCUGGUUGCUACCGCUGCCGACGGCAGUGAGGGGGAGUGGCUCGGGUGAGGGGAAAAAUGGGCCGGCGCAACGUGGGGUUGGGUCGGGCAGGGAGGUUGAGGGUGAGACCGGUGUGGUUGCUGUGGCUAAGCGCCGGCGGGAGGGGUUGGAGGGUGAGGAUGUGGGGUAUGAGGUGGAGGGGAGUGAUGUUGUGAUGGCAGAUCGUUCAAAAAACUUGCAACAGGCGGGUACUGGUUCCCAGGCCCGCCCAACCCAAUGA